AACACUGUAUACAGGUAACGGUGCUACUCCACGUGCAAAUCAUAAAUUAUAAACGCGUCUGGGGACAUUGUUAACUGUCUUAUUUUUCCGGAAUUAAUUUGUUUAUUUGAUGGUGAAACAUAAUGACAAAUCAAAGACCAGUUUCUUGUGGUCUUGACUUCUGUGCUGUACCAGAUUUAAGUCAGUGCCUCUUUACAGCAAAUUCAUCUAAAUAUGAAUUUAUAUGCGCUCCACUUGUUCAUCCAUUAUACAAAAGAGAAUUUGUGUCUGGUGUUGCAAAGAACCGUUCGGGUCCAUUUACCAGACCAGACUUAGUAUUGUGCAGCUCUGAUUGGAAUAAUUUAAUCAUUGGUAAAUUAUCAGCGCAUAUUAAGGUUGAUUCCAAAAAUCCUGUCUUAAGAAAAAACAGUGAAGAAACAUUAAUUCAGGAACUAACUUUGGCAAGCCAUUUAGGUCUGGUUGGAGUUACUUUUAAAUUGACAAGAGGAAUAGAACACAACGCAAAUCUUGCUAGAAUUAUCUGUGAUAAAGUAUCAAGCCCUUGUGGCUUACAGGUUUGGAUACAAGUACCCAUGGAAAAUCCAAUUAAACAAGCUCAUUCCUACAGAGAAGAAGAAUAUGAUUCGGUAGAAAGUCCAUGGGAGUGGUGGAAUGAUUUUAGAGCAAUUUGUGAUUAUGAUAGGAAGUUAGGUGUUGCAUUAAUUGUAAGCCAUGAUCUUCCAGAACAAGAAGAGAUUGACAAGUGGCUAGGAGAACCAGUUAAAUGUUUGAUCUUUCCAACAACAUCAUUAUUACAAAUAAAAAAAUUUCCUGUUUUGAGUAAGGCGCACCAAGCAUUGGUGAAAAAAUUUUCUAUGCUAGAAGUACAGUUUGUACUCACAGGAGCAAAUAGGCAUCAAAAUAUUAGUUACUAUCAUGAUUAUUUGGAAUACUUAUGGAAGGGAUGUCAGAUGGGCGGACCGGUAGAAAGAUUCGCGCGUGGUUACGAAGAUUAUUUACAAUGCCCUUUGCAACCACUUAUGGAUAAUCUUGAAUCUCAAACGUAUGAAAUAUUUGAAAAAGACCCUGUUAAGUACACACAGUAUCAAACAGCUAUACAUCAAGCGAUUCUUAAGAUUAUGUCCACAGAGGAAGAUAAAAGUAGAAAAAUAAUAAUAAUGGUAGUUGGUGGAAGAGGACCACUUGUUCACGCAUCUCUAAACGCCGCAGAAAUGGCGAACCAACAAAUCAAAGUAUAUGCUGUAGAAAAAAAUCCUAAUGCAGUAUUAACCUUGCAGGCACUCGAAAGGGAUGUCUGGGAGGACAAAGUAACAGUAGUCUCUUGUGAUAUGAGGGACUGGAAAGCUCCUGAAGAGGCUGAUAUUUUAGUCUCUGAAUUACUUGGUUCUUUUGGUGAUAAUGAACUCUCCCCAGAAUGUUUGGAUGGGGUACAACGAUUUCUAAAAGACGAUGGUAUAAGUAUACCGUGUUCAUAUACUUCGUAUAUUGCCCCUGUGCAAUCUUCGAAAUUAUUCAAUGAAGUAAAACAAUGUAAAGAUAAAGAUAAACAUCCUUUGGCUCAUUUUGAAACAUCUUAUGUAGUCCAUCUUCAAAAUAAGUACGAUAUAGCUAAACCACAACCUUUAUUUACAUUUAGACAUCCAAACAAAGACAGUGUUAUCGAUAAUUCCCGAUAUGAGAUAAAAACGUUCGAGGUCCAACAAAAUUCUGUAUUACAUGGUUUUUCCGGGUAUUUUGAUACAGUUUUAUUCAAAGAUGUUACGCUAAGCAUACAGCCCAGCACGCGUAGUCCUGGAAUGUUUAGUUGGUUCCCUAUCUUUUUUCCAAUUAAGGAACCAGUACAAUUAAAAGCAGGGGACCAAAUAAUUGUUCAUUUUUGGCGUCAAUGUAGCUCUAAAAAUGUUUGGUAUGAAUGGUGUAUUAGCAAACCUAUCGCAGUACCUGUUCAUAAUCCAAACGGUCGUUCUUAUACAAUAGGUUUAUAGUUUAGUAUUUUUAUAAUUGAAUUGUCUCGAAAAAAAAAUAUAAUGUUAAGGUAUCUUCGUGACGUUGCUGUGACGAAAAUUCUUUUGAAGAAUUUUUUUGCAGGAGAUAAUUAUAGUAUUUUGUAAUUUAAAUAUUUGUUAGGAAUAUCAUUUUUAAUUAAUAUAAAAAUGUUAAAUUGUAAUUAAAAUAUCAUCAAAAUCUAAUGUCACACACCAGUAUGAAUUUGUCAAGAUGCAUUAUGGAGAUAGUUCAAUAAAUGUUCUUAGAAUAGAA